ACGAGUGAACAGUUAUAGUGACGAACAAAAUGAACGAUUCAAUGGCAAUCGGUUUUGACCAAUUGACGAAAGACAAUUAUCGAACUUGGCGGAUGAAAGCCGAAGCUUCGUUGGAAGUAUGUGAUCUUUGGGAUCAUGUCGAUAAGGACAAAGAAUCAUCUGCAGUGGAUACGGAGUCGUGGAUGAAGGAGGAUAGAAUAGCUAAAUCAAUAUUAAUUUUACAUGUAAGCAGCUCGCUGCUUCCGUUGCUCGAAAACUGCAAAACUGCGUGCGAAGUUUGGUUGAAACUUGAAAAUGUUUGCGGUAAUCCAGAUGAAGACGGCAAAGAUUUGAUAGAUGAUUCUGAAGAUAAUGAUGAAGAUGUAAUUGUAAGUGCUAUUGAGGAUAGUGUCGAAGAUUUUUUUAACAUCAUCAAUGAUUUAUCAGAGAAAAAGGUAAUGGAUAAUGAGAAAUCACUGAGCUCUACCCUUACCGAUAAUUUAUUUUUACGAUUGAAGAAAGAUAACGUUGGAAAACUUCCAGAUAAAAAAAAUAUCGUAAACACUGUCAGUGACUUUAUUAAUGUCAUUGGUGAAUUAUCUAAGAUUGAAAUAGAGAAACAGAAAAAUGAAUUAUGCUGCAAGCUCAUUGAUAGUUUGCUUCUGGUAUUUGAAAUACAUCCACAUAAAAAUAACAAUGAUGAAGCGGAAAGUGAAGCUGAUGCGGCGGAAAUCCGAGACGAUAACGUCAACGGUGAUAAGAAAAAAAAUUAUGAAAUUACGAGCCAAGAGAUUCCGUUAGAGGCUUCUGAGGAUAGCCAAACGCGAAGUGAAGAAAUGUUGAAUACCAAUUUAGAGGCAGAUGAAGAAACAGAGUCUGAGACGGAGUCUGAGCCAGAGAAUGACAUAGUAGAUGAAUUCGAAACACCAUUUGAUAUGUAUUAUGGACGACCUGAAUUCGUAGAGCAGGUCAAUGAUGAGAGAUUUCCGUGCAAGUUGGGAAACAGCGAUUCAACAUGUUCAUUCAUAGAUUUGAACACUCCACCACCUACACCAACUCUUGAAAAAACACGCAAAUGUGGAGUGUGUCGUGAAGAAGGACACAACAGAACAACCUGUCCAAUGAAUAAAUCAGUUGCUUCUGAACCAAAAACUUCUGCUUCUAAAACCACCGAAAGUCCCAAGAGAUCAUAUAAAUGCGGAGUGUGUCGCGAAGAAGGACACAACAGAACAACCUGUCCAAUGAAUAAAUCAGUUGCUUCUGAACCAAAAACUUCUGCUUCUAAAACCACCGAAAGUCCCAAGAGAUCAUAUAAAUGCGGAGUGUGUCGCGAAGAAGGACACAACAGAACAACCUGUCCAAUGAAUAAAUCAGUUGCUUCUGAACCAAAAACUUCUGCUUCUAAAACCACCGAAAGUCCCAAGAGAUCAUAUAAAUGCGGAGUGUGUCGCGAAGAAGGACACAACAGAACAACCUGUCCAAUGAAUAAAUCAGUUGCUUCUGAACCAAAAACUUCUGCUUCUAAAACCACCGAAAGUCCCAAGAGAUCAUAUAAAUGCGGAGUGUGUCGCGAAGAAGGACACAAUAGAACAACCUGUCCAAUGAAUAAAUCAGCUGUUUUCGAAUCAAAAACGUCCGCUUCUAAAGCCACCGAAAGUCCCAAGAGAUCAUAUAAAUGCGGAGUGUGUCGCGAAGAAGGACACAACAGAACAACCUGUCCAAUGAACAAUUUAUUCGCUAUUGAACCAAAAACUGCUGCUUCUACAGCCACCGAAAGUCCCAGAUCAUAUAAAUGCGGCAUAUGUGGUCAACAAGGUCACAACAGAAGAACUUGCGGCCUUCAGACUUCUUCACCAUCGUCCCAUCACAUGUCCAUCCAAUCUCCCUCGUCGUCUUACUCCGGAGGUGGUCGCAGUUAUAAGUGCAGCAACUGUGGUGUUUCAGGAAAGAAUUCGACGUCCUAUGAGGAACUUUUAAUAUUAAAUCUGACGACCCAACAACUUGACCCUAUUCGAUUUUUGUUUUAUUUUUUGCCUAUAUCGACACAACAUAAGAACAUGCCCAUACCUGGUAUCAGAGAUUUCAUCACCUCAACCUACCGCGUCCUACAGCACUCCAGUGAGAUCGUACAGAUGUGGAUUGUGUGGAGGAGAAGAAGUGCACAUAGAAUGGGGCUGUUGAGCCCUUUUUCGGGUUUGAGGUACAUCGACUUCGAUAUUUGGAAAUACAUACAUCCAAUGGAUCGCUUCUAG